AUGGAUAACAGACACCAAGAUGACACCAGAUUGGUAAAAAGGCAAGUACACUUCCUCUUAUUAAUUUCUUUGUUCUGCAAGGCUACUUCAGAGCACGUUCGGUAUUCCAUUCCAGAGGAAAUGGAAAAGGGUUCUGUUGUGGGGAAUCUUGCCAAAGAUUUGGGACUGAACACUGGAGAAAUAGCAGAUCGCAAUCUGCAUGUCCUAGCUCUAGGCAAAAAGCAGUAUUUUGCUAUUAGUGAAGAAAAUUGGAAUCUGCAUGUAAACAGCAGGAUUGAUAGAGAGGAAAUAUGUGGGGGGAAUGCACUCUGCCAUAUCAGUUUUGAAGCUGUGGUUGAAGACCCUAUGAAUAUUUUCCACAUAAAUGUGGAGAUUCAGGACAUUAAUGAUAAUACACCACAUUUAUUAAAUGGAGAUAUCAAAAUAGAGGCAAGUGAAUCAACCUUACCAGGUACCAUAUUUCUCCUUGGGAAAGCUGAAGAUCCUGAUAUUGGAAUGAACUCUGUCCAGAAUUAUCAGCUCAGCCAAAACCACUAUUUUGUUCUAGAAGUUAGAGAGGGAGAAGAUGGAAGUAAAUAUGCUGAACUGGUGCUGAAUAAACAGUUGGAUCGGGAAAGUGAAAGUAGUUUCCAUUUAACCCUUUUGGCUGUAGAUGGAGGGAAGCCUGCCAAAACUGGGACAGCCAAAAUUUUGAUAAAUGUAAUUGAUGCCAAUGACAACCCACCUGUGUUCACUCAAAAAGUAUACAAGGUCAGCUUGAAAGAAAAUACCCCCAAAGGAUCUUCGGUGGUGCAGGUGAAAGCCACUGACAGAGAUGAAGGGUCCAAUGCCCAGAUCACUUACAGUUUCAGCAACAUUGCUAAAAGUACUCAUCAGAAAUUUUCUUUGGAUCCACAAGUUGGGACAAUUACAGUUAUGGAGACUUUAAACUUUGAGGAAACCGAAAAAUAUUCUGUAGCAGUAGAAGCCAAAGAUGGAGGUGGAUUAGUGGCUCAGUGUAAUGUUGAAAUAAAAAUAAUAGAUGAGAAUGAUAAUGCUCCAGAAAUUCUUCUUGCCUCUUUGUCCAACCCAGUAUCAGAAGAUUCGGUAUCAGGAACUUUGGUAGCACUUAUCAAUGUAAAUGACAGGGACUCUGGAGAAAAUGGAAAAAUUACUUGCCAUUUACAAGAGAAUUUGCCAUUUCAAAUAGUUCCGACAUCUAACAACUACUAUAAGUUAUUUACAGAUGGUUCAUUGGACAGAGAAAGCACCCCAGAAUAUAAUAUCACAAUCACAGCCACAGACAAAGGCACUCCCUCUCUCAGUACACACAAAACCAUCUCACUAAGCAUUUCAGACAUCAAUGACAAUCCUCCAGCUUUUGAGAAAACUUACUACAUAACAUAUGUGCCAGAGAACAAUCCUUCAGGCUCCUCCAUUUUCAGGGUCAAAGCCUCUGACCCAGAUCUGGAUCGCAAUGCACGAAUCCUUUACUCCAUCCAAAAGAGUAACAUUGAGGACCUGCCUCUCUCCUCUUAUGUCUCCAUUAACUCUGAGACUGGAGUCAUUUAUGCACAGCGUUCCUUUGACUACGAACAAUUCAGGGAGUUCCAACUUCAAGUGAAGGCCCAAGAUGGAGGCUCUCCUCCCCUCAGCAGCAAUGUCACAGUGAAAGUGUUUAUUAUGGACCAGAAUGACAACACCCCUCAGAUCCUCUACCCUUCCAAAGGAGUGGAAGGCUCAGCCUUGUUUGAGAUGAUCCCUCGUUCAGCUGAUGCAGAUUAUCUGGUGACCAAGGUGGUAGCGGUGGAUGCUGACUCUGGACACAAUGCCUGGCUUUCUUACCACCUGCUUCAGGCCACUGAGCCAGGGCUCUUCACAAUUGGACACCAUACAGGUGAGAUCAGGACAUCCCGAACAUUUUUAGAAAGGGAUGCUGUGAAGCAGAGGGCAGUCAUCUUAGUGAAGGAUAAUGGGCACCCAUCGUUAUCUGCUACAGUGACGCUGAACCUGGUGUUUGCAGAGAACUUCCAAGAGGCCCUUCCUGAAAUGAAGACCCAGUCCUUCAGUCCUGACUAUCAGUCUGAUCUGCAGUUCUAUCUGGUGCUGGCCUUGGCUUUGAUCUCAUUCCUGUUCCUCUUGACGGUGAUUCUGGCCAUUCUGAUGAAGCUUCGACGAUCAGGAAAUCCCAAAUUCCUUCAGUGUUUUGGUCCCAUCCCCCACUCAAACAAUGGCGUCGUAUUUCCACCCAACUAUGAAGAGGGGACACUGCCUUAUUCUUAUCAACUUUGCUUAUCAUCUGAAUCCCGGAUACAGGAAUAUGCCUUUCCACCAAGCAGUGUUCUAACUGCAGAGAACAUUUCUUCUAUGAAUAAACCUGAGGCACUUUUGACAGCCAAUGAGGUAAAUAUCCUCAGUUCUGAGACAGAUAAAGCUGAUAAGACUUUUGUAUUCAAGGAUUCCACCCUGGAGCGCCUCAGAGAUUACCAGAGAGCUAAUUUGAUAGUACCUUUCCACAGGUCAUCCUUUUUCCACUUGGUGAUCUUUGGUUGCAAGGAUAAUGAAGGCUUGGUGAAGGGAUUGUCUCGCCUUGUGGUUUAUUGUGAAGCUGCAGUGAAUAAAAUGGUGAAUAUUCUCCUUGCCAUUGCAGAAAUGGACAAUAUGUCUCCAGUGCCUUCUCGCCCAUCUUAA